AUGAAAGCUUCACUCAAAUUCCGCGACGAACAAAAGAAACCACUAUUAAGAGCCAAAAUCCCUCUAAGCAUUUUAGGUACACCAUUCCAAUCAGGAAUCAUAGCUGGUGAAUCCAAAGAACUAACUCUCAAUCUCUCUACCUUUUUCCAAUCCGGUCCAUCGCUUAAACUCGCUUACCGCCCCAACGACUCGCAGAACCCGUUCUCGUUGAUUGUUAAAACCGGAACCGGUUCGUUCGGUUCGCCGCUCUCGAGUUCUAUGCUUAUGAGUUGUGAAUUCAAUCUGCUGAACAGGAGUAAAACCGGUGGGCCGCAGCCUCUUUUCAUGCUUCAUUUUAAGCCGCGGUUUGGGGAUUUCAGUUUUAAGAAAUCUCAGUCAUCGAUUCUUGAUGUGAAGAAUUAUGCUUUUCAAAACGGUGGCGUUUUGGGAGGUGAUGAUGCGAGUAUUGAGUUUGUUGAGUCUGUUGAGUCGCCGGUAAUCGGAGCUUUUUCUGCUGGGAAAGUUCCGUCUGCCGGCGCGAUUGCGGGUUUGUUUUCGGGGACGGAGGUUGCUGCGAGGACGACGUUGCCGAUUAGGGGGUGUGCGGCGGUGAAUUUUAGGUGGGGAGUUAGGGUUCCGGCAGAUGUUAAAGGGGAGAGUGCUUUUCAGAAGGUUCCGUUUCUUGUGAUGGAUAAGAUUGGGGUUGAACAUUUGCCUGUGGAGAAUGGGGAUUUGAAGAAACAAAAAAAUGUUGCUGGAGUAGGGAUUACUCCGGGGAGUGGUUAUAGGGCGGAGACUUGUUUUGCGGUGAAGAGGCAGAUGGAUGUUUUACAGGCGGAGAGUGGGUUGCUGAGGAAUGCUGUGGAGGAUCUUUGGCGAGAAUUUGCUAGCGCGCGAAAUGGAGGAGGUUCGGAGUUUGAGAGGAAUGGAGGUAAAGGGAAAGGCUUUGAUGGUAGAAAGAAUGAGAAGAAAGUGACGUCAGAUUUUAAUGGUUAUCCUGGAAAAUCAACUGAGGCUGAUGCGAGUGAGGAGUUGAAGAUGAAGAAGGCGUUGAGGGGAGCCAACACUGUUGGAGUUUGA